CACGUGGAAUACCGAAAUUAUAAGUUCGCAUUUUGUUCGUACAUUAUUGUGCAAAGUAUCAACAAUAAAGUGCAACAGUGGUAGAACUAGCAUAUAUUUAUUAAUAAUGUAAGUUAUUUUCAUUGAUAAAUCAUUGAUUGUUGCAUAUUUGAGGUAUAAAAGGUUAAUAGAGAGCAUGGCUUUGCGGAUGCUGUUUCGCGCGGCCCACCGCGCCUCGAGUCUCCGGUGUUUCUCCGCGAAGCCGGAGUUCACGUCGGACAGGUACAACGUGGAAAGAGGUCCGUACGCGAAAAUUUCACAGGAACACUUGUCCUUCUUCGACCAAUUACUCGGACAGAAUCGAGUGAUCACGAACGUGGACGAAUGCGAGGGCUACAAUAUAGAUUACUCGAAGAUCGUCAGAGGAAAGAGCAACGUCGUCCUGAAACCGAAAACCACCGACGAAGUCUCUAGUAUAUUGAAGUAUUGCAACGAUAAUCGGCUAGCUGUGUGUCCUCAAAGCGGAAACACAGGUCUCGUGGGCGGAAGUGUGCCCGUUUUCGACGAGAUCGUGGUUUCCAUGAAACUGAUGAACAAAAUCAUCGAGACGAACGAAUUGGCAGGUGUGUUAACCUGCGAGGCUGGCUGUGUCCUCGAAGAGCUGGAGAAUCAUUUAGCGACGGUGGACCUAAUGAUGCCGAUUGAUCUCGGCGCGAAGGGUAGCUGUUUGAUCGGUGGUUGCGUGUCGACGAACGCGGGAGGUCUGAGGCUGCUUCGGUAUGGUAAUCUUCAUGGAAAUGUGCUGGGUCUCGAGGCUGUGAAAGCGAACGGCGACGUUGUGGACUGUUUGAACGCGUUGAAGAAGAACAACACCGGUUACCAUUUGAAGCAUUUGUUCAUAGGAUCGGAGGGAACGCUUGGGAUCGUGACCAAAGUAGCGAUUCAAUGUCCACCGCUUCCUAAGGCCGUCAACGUUGCGUUCUUAGGUCUGAGCAGUUUCGACAAAGUGCUGAAAGCGUUUCGAUUAGCGAAGAGAGAGCUGGGAGAGAUUCUGUCUUCGUUCGAAAUGAUGGACAAACUUUCGUUGGACAUUUCGACUAGCGUCUUCGGUCUGAAGAGUCCCUUGACCACGAAUAUAGAUGGACACGAUUUUUACGUGUUGAUGGAGACUUCUGGUAGCAAUGGGAAUCACGACGAAGAGAAGCUCAGUUCUUUCGUGGAAAAAGCGAUGGCUGAGGACGUGAUCGAGGAUGGCACUCUGACUUCCGAUCCUGCGAAAGUGAAAAAUAUAUGGGCGCUGAGGGAACGAAUCAGCGAAGGAAUAUUACACGAGGGCUACGUUUUUAAAUACGACAUUUCCAUACCUCUUCCUUCUUUCUACAGUGUGAUCGAGGUGCUUAGAGAUCGAUUGCGUGAUCCACGGAUUCUACGAAUCAGCGGUUACGGACAUCUUGGUGACGGAAAUAUUCACGUGCAAGUCUCUAUACCGAAGUACGAGCGCGAAAUCGCGGCGCAAUUGGAACCGUUUAUCUUCGAGUACAUCUGUGGUCUUCGUGGUAGCGUGAGUGCCGAACACGGUAUAGGAUUCACGAAAACCAAGUAUUUACAUAUGAGCAGAACUUCGUCUGAGAUCAAGCUUAUGCACCAAUUGAAAAAUAUGAUGGAUCCAAACGGUAUUCUCAAUCCGUACAAAGUGUUGCAUCCACGUCAAGUUCCCGUAUGAUAA